CAGUUCGUGCUCAGACACAGAGGAAGUGUUACGCAGCUUACGUGUGUCCGCGCGAGUCUUCAGGAUCUCGUGAAAGAAAAGGCGCAGGAGCGAGACCUUUUGUUUACAUCCCGUUAUUUUCAACACAGCUUCGUCCUAUUACUAUUAAGUCAACAUUAAAGUCCCGGUCGAUGAAAGAUUUCCAAGCGUGUGCAAGCGGGAAAUCAGAUUUGUAACAAUGGAGGAGGAGGAGAAGAAAGCCAAAAGAUCAAGAGCUAACUUUCGCGGAAAGAAAUCUGCAGGAAGGACAUCUACUGGGUCAAGUGAAUCUUCAGACUCCACAAGGGAGUCACCUAUUAGACUAACUAAAGAGGCUGUGGUGGUAUUAACUAAACUCCCUCAAUACAAGAUGAAUGCGUUAAGGCCACCAACACCGGAGCAGUUUUACAGUGAAGAGGAGUCAUUGAGCAGCUCAGAUUCAGAUAUGCAGUGGGAGCCAGGACGAGACUCCAGUGAUUCUGAACUUUCACUAGCAAACAAGAAAACAAAAGAGAAGAUCAAGAAACGUGUCAAGAUCACUCAUGCAUCUUGCAGCGCUAACAACAACCUAUCUGAGGAUCCUGUGAUUAUAACUUCAACACAGCAACUCAGCCAAGGUAACACAGAGAACACCAAAGCGCGGCCCGAACUCCCCGAACCGGAGAUCAAAGUGGAUAUGAUGGUGAUAGCCCGAAAGAAGCCACUGCGGUGGGAACGUGGAAAAGUCCUUGAGAUUGUGACAAAAGAUGACGGAAGGGUGAAAUACAAAGUGAGUUUUGAGGAGAAAGGAAAGAGUCUUGUUUCUGGGCACCAUGUUGCCCUGGACUCCCCUCCAAAACUGGCCCAGCUGUACGUGGGCGCUCGUGUAGUUGUCCGCUGUCAGGUCAACAAAUUCAGAUUCUGGCCUGGAAUUUUAGCAGAACUUCCUAGCAGAAGUAAUCGGUUACGGUUUUUGGUCUUUAUUGAUGACCACACGCCAGUCUAUGUUGGUCUACCUUUACUUCACCUGGUGUGCCGACAAUUGGAUAAACCUCUCGAAGAUGUCCCUGAAAGUGCCCACAGGAUUUUCAUGGAGCAGUACUUGAAUGAUUGGCCCUAUCCUCAUUUGACCCAGUACAGAGUGGGACAGAACCUUAAUGCAGAAUUAAACGGAGUACAGAAGAGAUGUGAAGUGCUUGUGGUGGAUGGCAGCUUGAUACAGGUCGUUUUUCAUGAAAACCAGUUCAAAGAAUGGAUCCACAGAGGCUCUACACGUUUGGAACACAUGGCAAGAUUUCUAGAAUUAAAACCCUGCUAGAAGUGUACCUUGUAAAAUUAAACCCAAUUUUUAACAAAGCAACAAACAAACAAACAAAAACAUGAUCUAGAAUUAUGAUCACCAUUGUAUUUGUUCAUGAUAAAGUUCUGCCCAGGCACUGUUCUUAUGCACUUGGUAUUCGCAGACAUUGCAUUAAGAUACAAUAUUUACAUUUUUUUAUCACCCUGUUGUAUAGUUCCCAUUUCUGAAGGGCCACCGUGAAUAGUGUCAAUGUUGUUUCUCUAGGCAUUGUUGUUACAAUACUCAAUAUUGACACUAAGAUAAAGGUUCGAUAUUUGAUUUUUUUCCAGCACUGAAUAAUAUUAGUUUAUUUUUUUAUUAUUAUUAAAGACAAUUGAAUUUAACAUUUAACAAAAUGAAAUAAUAAACAUAAAAACAAAACGCAAAAACAUAGAACAAUACCUACAACAAAACUGCCCACCCGUAACCCACCACCCCUUCCGCCCCAAACACACACACAUAUUUAAUUAAAUAAAACAAAAGUAAUGUGGUAGUGCAACAUAACCACACUGCUAGGCCCCCUUAUAUUUAUAUUUUGGCCAAUGUAUAAUUAAAUUUUUUCCCUUUCUCUCUCUCUUUCUUUUUAAGCACUUUUAGUCUUAACUAAUAUUAUUUUCACCACCAUCAUUUCCUUUCAUCAUCUUUUACUUUUUACUACAAUCUUAAACUGAUACUUACCUUUAAAAUUGUGCUUUAUUUCUUAUUAGUUCUACUAUUCAGGAAAAGGUCAAAUUUCUUUCUGUUUUCUUUUUGUGAUUUAAUUUUGAAUCAAUAUUUGAGUGUUGAGUUUUGAUAUUAGUUUUAGUAUUGAUUUGACAGUCCUAGUCUCUAGUGUCACAAACUUGCAUAACUUGAUUUGUUUGUUUUAAUAAAAACAUCAUUUAUGAAAAAGCUUUGCCAUAUGUAAGGAAAUUUCAAAGGAGUAUAAAAAAUAUAAUUUCUCAGUAUGUUGAAUGUU